AUGAUGAGAUUGAUUCUACAGCUUGGCCUUGUUCUGCUUGCUGCAGCAUGUGUUCACUGCGAGACUGUCUUUCAACGGCCACCUGGUCCAGGACCCAAUGGAGAUUAUCGCGAUGAUCCCAUCUACGAGCUCGGGCAGGAAAUCGACCUGAUCUGGGAGAUGGACUUUGAAGAGGCGAGCAUUGUCAUCUGGCAGCAAGAUGUCGACAAGAUCUUUGGCGACAAGUCGUACUACGCCGAAGUAAUACAAAACACAAAGUCGACGAGAUACACUUGGAAGGUCACCUACGAUGGCUUCUCUGUCGAUCACGAUCCAACACUGAGCAACGUCUACUUCUUCCAGUUGUUUGACACGGCAGGAAAUGCGAGGCCUAUUACGUGUCACUAUUUCAACAUUACCGAUCCCAAGACGACGAGUACAACUUCUGCUGCGACUACGAGUGCGACAAAGACGGCUUCAAAGACUUUUACAACUCGUACACCUAGUGUGACGGCUGAGAAGGCAGCGACAACUUCGCAGGUGAAAGAGAAUGGAGAAAAGGGUCUUUCGAACGGUGCUAUUGCUGGUAUUGCCGUUGGAGCUGGGAUGGGCGGAAUAUUACUCGGUGGGUUGGGCUUUUUGCUCUGGAGACGUGUUCGAGGUGGGGGAGGUCCAAAGACACUGAGAUCGCCUGAUGACGACAAGGAGGUUGUGUCUGUCUCGAGUCCUUCGGUUGGUCCGUACCAUCAUCCUGGACAUCAGUCUUAUUAUCAGCCGCAGGCGCAGGAAGAGCCUGAGCAGCCUCAAGAACGACAGGUUGGGGGGUUGCAUGAAGCGCCGACUGAACGAUAUACAUAG